AUGAGCCAGAAAGCUACGGCACGAAGUUGGUUCCCACCAGAGCAUUCCGAAACCAAGAGAGCCGUGUCCCAGCCAGUCGGGGAUAUCCUGUCGUCUUGCUACCAGAGCCCCUCAACAUGUUGCCAGCCUCAACAGUUCGUGGUGGUCCAGAUUCCUUCGCUGAGGCCUGGCUUUGGGGAGCACUGCGCCUGGCUCUUCGUUCCUUGGGAACUGCUGCACUGGCGACCCCAGCAGGUCGGGAGGAAAAUACUGUGCUGUGAGUCUGCAAUGUCGUCCUCGUUGUCUUCUGCUUCGUUGUCGUCGUCUUUGUUGUCGCCGCCACCAUUGCCGUCCUCAGCUUCAUCAGGAGAGAAGAGGAGGCUUAUCCACAUGGCCAGCCCCAGCGUGGCCAUCACCACCACAGCUGCUAAAAGGACCUUCAGCAGCAUCAGAGCCACGGCUCAGCCGCCAUCACACUUCACCUACAGCUUCGCCCCGCUGCAAGCUGCCAACAGCCUUUCUUUAUCUGGAGUGAAGAAGCCCAUCCUUAUUCAGGAGUUUAAGGACAAGAUUCCGGCUGCCAUGCGUCAGCACUACUUGGGCCUGUUCACAGAGGAGUGCCUUAAGUUCUCCUCUUCGCACCUGGAGGCCAUCGAGAAGGCACAGUCAGAGGAGAAGGUGGUCUACGACCAAAGUCCCAGCAAGAACAAGUACCUGAAUGUCGCCCUGCACACCCUGAAGAGACUCAGGGGCCUGGUUCCUAGUGCCGUUCCGGGUCUCACCAAGGCCACCUUAUACAGCCGCCUGCAGGGCUACCUGCUCACGGAGGAGCAGCGCAAGGUGCAUGGCUUCCCGUUUGCCAACCCAGAGAAGGCAGGGUUGGCAAUGCUCUUCACGCCGGAGCAGAGGAGUAGCCUGACUCACAGGACUUGCUGCCGCUGUGGCACAGAAUACCGCGUGUCAUCCUCUGGCGGCUGCCUCGACUCCGAGCCCUGUGUGUACCACUGGGGGCGCGUCGUCUCCAUCUCCGUGCCAGGAGGCUGGCAGGUGCAAUACUCGUGCUGCUACGCGCCUGUUGGCGCCACCGGCUGCAAGGUAGCUAAGCAACAUGUGCAGGACGGCAGGAAGGACAACUUGCAUGGUUUCGCCAAGACCUUCCCGAAGAAGGACUGGGAGGCACACGCGGGAAUCUAUGCCCUGGACUGUGAGAUGUCCUACACCACACACGGCCUAGAGCUCACCCGCGUCACAGUGGUGGACACAGAUUUAUGCGUGGUUUAUGACACCUUCGUCAAGCCGGACAAUGAAAUCGUGGACUACAACACCAUGUUUUCAGGAGUGACUGAGGCAGACCUGGUGAGCACCAACGUUAGGCUGCGUGAUGUUCAGGCGGUGCUUCUUAGCCUGUUCAGCACUGAAACCAUCCUCAUUGGACACAGCCUUGAGAGUGACCUGCUGGCUUUGAAGUUCAUCCACGGCUCUGUGGUAGACACGUCCGUGCUCUUCCCGCACCACCGAGGCUUCCCCUACAAACGUUCCUUGCGGGGCCUCAUCUCUCAGUACCUUAACCAAAUGAUCCAGACCGACAGCGGUGGGCAUAGCUCCAUCCAGGAUGCCAGUGCCUGCAUGCAACUGGUGACCUGGAAGAUGCAAGAAGAUGCCAAGACCUCCAGCCUGCCUCAGCACCAGGCCGCUUGCCAGAAAUGCAACUCUCUACAGAAGCUGCGGGUUUGCACUAGUCGACACACCCAGACACCCAAGACGAUGGAGAUACCCAAGAUUCCAGACUAUCUGCACCUGAUUGAAGGAGACUCAGACCAGCCUCACACUCACCCACCAGAGACUUGA